CCUACAGAGGAGCGCGACAGUAGCCCAGACCCAGCGAUGGAGGAGGAGGUACGGCACAGACAGGAGCUCGCCGGCGGGAUGCAAGCGGACGGGCCCGCGAGCCCCCGGGAGCCGCCGUCGCCGCCGUCGCCGCCGUCGCCACCCCCGCCGCCGUCGCCGCCCCCACCGUCCACGCCGAAGUCGCCCGCGGCCCCCGAGAGCCCCGGGCUCCCCGCGCCGGAGCAGCCGCAGCCGUCGGAGGCCUACGCCCGGCAGCUGCUGCUGCAGGAGUGGGGGCCGCCGGGCGGGAGCCUGGAGCUGCCCGCGCGCCUCACCUGGAAGCUGCUCCUCCUGCGGCGGCCGCUCUACCGCAACCUGCUGCGCUCGCCCAACCCCGAAGGCAUCAACAUUUAUGAGCCAGCACCCUCUACUGGUCCCACCCAGCAGCCCCUGGAGUCUCUAGGCAAUUUCCACGGGUGGUUCAUCAGAACCGAGAAGCUCCAGCAGGGCCACAGCUGGACCGUGAAGCAGCAGUGUGUGGAUCUCCUGGCUGAGGGCCUGUGGGAGGAGCUGCUGGACGACGAGCAGCCGGACAUCACAGUCAUGGACUGGUAUGAGGACAGCCGGCUGGACACAUGUGUCUAUGAGCUACAUGUCUGGUUGCUGGCAGCUGACCGCCGCUCAGUCAUCGCACAGCACCAUGUGGCCCCCCAGACCUCUGGGAGGGGACCCCCAGGCUGCUGGGUCCAGGUAUCCCAUGUGUUCCGCCGGUAUGGCCCGGGUGUGCGCUUUGUCCACUUCCUGCACAAGACUAAGAACCGGAUGGAGCCCGGAGGACUGCGGAGGACGAGGGUGACUGACUCCUCUGUGUCUGUGCAGUUCAAAGAGUGACUGGCUGACUCUGGGCCUAUUCAGACCCCUUGUCUUAUCUAUCCAACCCCAUGACAUCUUCCUGAUCCCUUAGCCCCUCUCUGACCCCUUAGCACUUUCCCAACCCCUUAUCAUUUCCAUGACCUCUUAGCACUUCCCUGACCCCUUAGCAAUUCUCUGAUCCUUAGCAGCUCACUGACCCUUAGUGCCUCCCUGACCUCUUGCAACUCCCUGACACUUUUGCACCUCCCUAACACCUUAGUACCUCCUUGCUCCCUUAUCACCUCUGACCUCUUAGCAUCUCUCUCACCUCCCUGACCCUUACAAGUACCUAAUUACCACUGAAAGCCUCCUUAACCCAUUAUCUCUGCCAUGUUCUCUUUACUCCUCCCAGAUAGAUGUUCAGCACCACCCUGCUCCCUUAAUUUCUUCAUGACCCCUCAUCUCCUUGAUGGUUUACUACCACCUAGGCCCCUUAACCCUGCCCCGUCCUGGGCUGCUCAUUGGAAAUCUUCACACAUCCUUGAGUGUCUGACUUUUGGCAUUUCCCCUGCAUUCUCUGAGCUCUGGGAAGGCAGGGGCCCCUUCCUCCUGAGUUGGUGCUUGACAGAUAUUAGGUGUGCAAUAAAGCUUUGUUGACUGAA